GGUCCCCUCUGCGCGCCUGCUGGCCUUCGGCCUGAGGGAGAACUUCUGGGAGAUGGGGGACUCGGGUCCCUGUGGGCCCUGCACCGAGAUCCACUAUGACCACGUGGGGGGGCGGGACGCUGCGGCGUUCGUCAACGCUGACAGUCCUGAUGUGGUGGAGAUCUGGAACCUGGUCUUCAUGCAGUACAACAGGGAGGGGGACCAGAGUCUGCGUCCUCUGCCCCGGUCCAGCGUGGACACUGGUCUGGGUCUGGAGAGACUGGUCAGCGUCCUGCAGGGGACACGGUCCAACUACGACACAGACCUGUUCAUACCACUGCUGCACGCCAUCUGCCAGGUGUCGGGGGCGGGGCCGUACGGCGGCAGGACGGGUGCUGCAGACCAGGACCGCGUGGACAUGGCGUACCGCGUGGUGGCCGACCACGUCCGCACGCUGUCUGUCUGCAUCGCUGACGGGGUUCACCCCGGCAUGACGGGGGCGGAGUUGGUGUUGAGGAGGAUUCUUCGCCGGGCGGUCCGGUUCUGUGUCGAGGUUCUGAAGGCUCCCCAGGGAGCCCUGGCCAGCCUGGUUCCUACUGUCACACACACACUG